AUGGCUACACCUUCGGAAUCCUGGUUAAAGUUGGCAGAUUUAUUAGGAAGAGUUGUUAAUGGUCAGGAUGUAGAACUAAAGUUAUUUUUGAAUUCUUCUAGCUUCCAACCCAUUUUUUCUGAAAAGUGUCUGAACACUUCGGAAAACGUUGCUCGAUUAUUGAAGACGCAUUUGUUUGAUGAAGCUUCUGUGCCAAUUGUAUUUUCUAACCGGUAUUUGUUUAAUUGUUCUUUACAAUUAUUUCACCAGCUGAUUGAAUAUCCGACUUUUGAUAUUAACUAUGGAAACAACGUCUUUUUGACGAUAGAAGCUUUAAUUGAUGGUUUGGAGAAGAAUUCCUUUAAUAGACAUAUUGUUCAAGAUUAUGAAGUAAGGUUGUUUUAUUGUGUUUUUGAUUUUAGGAGUGAACGUUGCUUAAGUAUUGUUAAACCUUUCGUUCAACUCAUAUCUGUGUUCUUAUGAUUUCAGGAAUUUUUGAUGGAUUUAAUCAAAUUAAUGAAUCAUGAUCAGUUCUGGGAUUUUCGAGGACAUAUCAUAAAUUGUUGGAAGGGAUUGCUGUUUGCAUUUGAUGGUAUUGGAAGAUAUUUACUGAUCAAACGGCUUUAUUUUCUGAUAAUGGAUAACAAAGUUGAACUGAAGUUUGAACCUCAAACUGUAGCACUUCUUGUUGAUUACUACCGGUUAUCGUUAAGUGCUGGUGAAGACAACGUGUUCAAGAAGGAGAUUUCUUAUUUUUACGGUGAUCUUCUACGUGCUUCGUAUUCAGAUGUUGAAGCUGCUUGUGCCUAUUAUACUGCCGUUUGUUCAUUGUUGAGGUUUCACGCUCUUUCUGAAUUCAACAAGAGUGCUUUGCGAGCUGGCUUGUUAAAGUUGUUGGAGCCAAUUAGAAAUCAAAUAGUCGACUACGCUACACUUCAAGAGUUAAAGAAGAAGACUAAUAAAUCAGAUGGAAAUCACAAUAUUGAUCUUAUUUUGUUUUGUUUUAAUGAUACGGUUGGUAUUGUGAAGAAGCAUUGCUAAUUUGAUAAACGAUAAAGUGUCAGAAUGUUGUUAAAGUACUGGGAUUUCCCUGAGAUGUUUGAAAAGAUUAAUUAUCGUUUUCAGAACUUUAUUGAGAUUUUAAUAAUAUUAAUUAUUUUGGUUUAGAUGCUGCGAGGCGCUUUUAAGUUAGCAGCAGCGGUUCCAAAGAGCAGAUUAUUAACUGCUGGUCGCCUUGCCAGUACUGUUACCUACGAACCACAGCCAGACGAAGGAAACAAGAAGUUGAAGGAAGGUAAGGAAUUAGUUUAAUUUACUUGAAUUGCUGAUUUGUGUUAAUUCAAUGCCACUUCUUGUUGACAUAAACUUAUUUCCAAGUUUGUUCUUAAUCUUAUUUUAACGUUUUAGGUACAAAAUUCCAUAUUGACCAGAAGAAAGUGGACCGACUGACGGAGUUUGGUAAAUACGUUGCAAAAUCUCUUCCGAAGUUUAUUCAACGUGUGCAGUUUGCUGCUGCUGAUGAACUCGAACUUCUGAUUCAUCCUUCUGGAGUCAUCCCAGUCAUGGCCUUCUUGAAGGGUCAUCACUCAGCUCAAUUCACCAACUUCAUUUUUGCUUGUGGAGUUGACGUUCCGACCCGUGAGAAUCGUUUCGAAGUUGUUUACGGUCUUCAGUCGAUUCGCUUCAACUCCAGAAUCCGAGUUCGCACUUAUACUGAUGAAGUGGAGCCGAUCGAAUCCAUUUGCUCAGUCUUCAGUGGAGCCGAGUGGUACGAACGUGAGAUCUACGACAUGUACGGAGUCUGGUUUAAUAACCAUCCUGACUUGCGUCGUAUCUUGACUGAUUACGGUUUCGAAGGUCAUCCAUUCAGAAAAGAUUUCCCAUUAUCUGGAUAUACUGAAGUGAGUUGACUUUUAAGUUGAAAACUUACGCUUUUAACUGUAACGGGCUAAAUUAAGGUGAAAAACAUGUUUGACGUAAUGAAAGUUAACAGCAAACAUAAGAUUUGUUAAAUUAUACAUUUAGGUCCGGUACGACCCAGAACUGCGAAGAAUUGUGUACGAGCCAUCAGAAUUGGCCCAAGAAUUUAGAAAGUUUGACCUGGAUACUCCUUGGGAAACUUUCCCCGCCUUCCGCGACGCUCCCAUUACCUCCGGCUACAAAGUUGUCGAACUCGAGAAGCCGGCCGAAAAACAGCCCGAGAAACAAUAG